AUGUCGUCGAGCUACACCCCUUCCUCUACCCACAGUCUCUGCCUCGAUCUCCCUUUAACUCCUAAAUUCGCUUCUUUACCCAAACCCUCCUGUUCCCCACCCUCUAUUUCUUCGUCUUCUCUCUACAGUUCAUCUCCUUUUCUGCGUACAUCACAGUAUCGUCAUGCGAGCGCCCAUGGCGGUAUGAAGACAAAGCCUACGAGAAAGGUACUGAAGGUUCUAAGCGCACAAAGUGGGCCAAUGAAAGUGAUGAUUUCAGGAGCCCCAGCUUCUGGGAAAGGAACUCAGUGUGAGAAGAUUGCUCAGAAGUUUGGUGUUGUACACAUUUCGACUGGCGAUAUUCUACGAGCUGAAGUAUCGGCUGGUACAGAAAUUGGGAACAAAGCAAAGGAGUACAUGAAUAAUGGUCGUUUGGUUCCAGAUGAAAUCGUCACAGCUAUGGUGACAGCCCGGUUGUCACUGAAAGAUGUAAAGGAGAAAGGAUGGCUUCUGGAUGGGUUCCCAAGAAGUUCUGCCCAAGCCGAGAGUCUGGAAAAACUGAAUAUUAGGCCUGACAUUUUUGUUAUUCUUGAUGUACCUGAUGAUAUCCUAAUUGACCGAUGUGUUGGGAGAAGAAUGGAUCCUUUAACAGGAAAGAUCUAUCAUAUAAGGAACUUCCCACCAGAAAAUGAGGAAGUUAAAGCAAGGCUUGUUACCCGUCCCGAUGAUACGGAAGAAAAGGUGAAGUCACGCCUGAAAAUAUAUAAGCAAAAUGUAGAUUCUAUAUUAGCAACAUACUCUGAUGUAAUGAUUAAGAUUGAUGGAAACCGUUCUAAGGAAGUGGUUUUUCAAGAGGUAGAGACUCUGUUGUCUGGAGUACUGAAAGACAAAGAAGAAUCAGAUUCAGGUCCAAUUUCAAGUUUGUUAUUUCUGUAUAAAAAUUGGAGAGGUAUACCAACGAGACUGAACAACAUUCCUCAUUCUAGAGAAAUCAGGAAAUAUUUUUACGAUGAUGUGUUGCAAGCCACGCAAAGUGCAGUGAGAGAUGGAAAAACUCGUUUAAAGGUUGUGGAAAUCAGUAUACCGGAGCUCAACCCGGAAAUGGAUGUUUAUCGAAUAGGUACCUUAAUGGAGCUUGUCCGUAUUCUCGCCCUUUCCUUUGCUGACGAUGGGAAACGUGUCAAGGUUUGUGUGCAAGGGUCCAUGGGAGAAGGUGCCCUAGCUGGUAUGCCACUGCAAUUGGCUGGAAGUCGGAAGAUUUUAGAGUUCAUGGAUUGGGGUGAUGAUGGUGCCAUGGGUACCUUUAUCAACAUUGGCUCAAUAGGUGGCAGUGAGGUUGAAGAACAGGAUGAUAUGUUUAUCUUAGUGGCUCCACAAAAUGCAAUUGGAAACUGUAUUAUUGAUGAUUUGAAGGCCAUGACUGAUGCUGCUGGUCAUCGUCCAGUCAUUCUUGUCAAUCCUAAGUUGAAGGAUGUACCAGGCUCAAGUGGUAUUAUGCAAACAAUGGGUCGAGAGAAGAGAUUAGAGUAUGCUGCUUCGUUUGAGAUUUGCUACUUCUUCCGAUUGCUCUAUUAUGCUGGGACCCAAUAUCCUAUCAUGGGUGCUCUCAGAAUGUGUUACCCAUACGAGUACGAGUUGUACAAGAGGGUGGAUGAGUCUCCAAAGAAAGAGAAAUAUGUUAUCUUGUCAAAAUUCGUGAAAAGACCAAGUGGCGAAGAAAUUAAUGAUGCAUUCGAAGGAAAAACCAGAGAUCAAGCUAAAAGAGCAACGGGAAUAUGGGGCUUCUUGAGCAGCAUAUUUUGA